AUGACUGUCUUGAUUCAGAUUUGGCAUCAAGGACCAGUGGGUGUCACCACCUUCAGUGAAAUAGCAGGGGGACUGCAUAGGUACUUUGCAUCAGUUUUCACACCAGAACUUCGAGAGAGUCGGGGCGAGCAGGAGCUUUCUCCGUAUGAUAACUUACUGAUUUGUCAGCCUGUAACCUCGCCACUCUUACUGAGUGGAGCCAGUUACUUCACUCUGCUGCAGAACCUGGGUGCUGAGAACACCGUCACACUGCUGCUCACCGUCCUGAUUGAGCACAAGCUGCUGAUUCACUCGCUGCGACCUGCUGUGCUGACCAGUGUGUGUGAGGCCCUGGUCUCGAUGAUCUUUCCGUUCCGUUGGCAGUGCCCGUACAUUCCCUUGUGCCCGCUGAACUUGGCAGACGUGCUGAGUGCGCCCGUCCCCUUCAUCGUGGGAGUGCACUCCAGCUACUUCGAGCUCUACGACCUGCCGCACGAUGUGCUCUGCGUCGAUCUGGACACCAACACCAUCUCACAGAAUGAAAAUAAAAAGAGUUUAACACUGCGGGCAUUACCUCGGAAACCUUGCAAGGUGCUCCUGAAUUCCUUGAACCUGUUAUACCAGCAGCUGGAUGAACUGUACAACAAGCCAGCAGAAGAGGCCACACUGGAGUUUCUCUUGACUGACUACGAUUUGAUCUAUGGGCGUAGGAAGCAGCUGGAGCUGGAGAUACAGGAGGCUUUCCUGCGCUUUAUGGCCUGCACUCUGAAAGGCUAUCGCUCCUACCUGAUGCCCAUCACCCAAGCACCAUCAGAGACCACCACUGACCUGAGUUCCCUCUUCAACCUGCAGGGGUUCCUGAAAAGCCGUGAUCGAACCAACCAGAAAUUCUACACGUUACUGACUAAGACGCAGCUCUUUACCCAGUUCAUCGAGGAAUGCUCCUUUGUCAGUGACCGCCAAUCCAGCCUCGAGUUCUUCGAUGGAUGUGUCGAAAAGGUGGAUGUGGAGAAAUUGGACAUGGUGCGUCUGAUCGAGUUGGAUGAAUCGCAGCGGAGCGAGCACACCGUUUUCAUCAUGCCACCCGAGGUUCCCCAGACUCCGGACGGCAAGGAACUCCCUCGCUUGUACAGCUAUGAUGGGUUCCCACUGCUCAAAGCUGAGCUUUUUGAUAGGCCACAGGAUCUUCUGAAAACCUCUCAGUUCCUGAAUCAGCCCAGGAACAGUGCUCCGAGCAGCCCAGCACCUCGCAGGACCAAACAGGAGAUAAAAUCGGCGCAGAAAAUUGCCCAGAAAUAUUCCCUGGUGCCUGACAUGUGGGCCAAGUGCCUCCUGGGCCAGUGUUACGCUCUGUGGUUCAUCUAUCUCCCAACCCAUGUGCGUGCCUCCCCACUCAAGGUCAGGGCUUUGCAAACUGCUUACGACCUGCUGAAGAAGAUGGAGACUAGAAAGGUGGUGCUGCCAGAUGAGAUGUGCCAUCGGAUUCUGAUGCAGAUGUGUGGACAAUAUGGGGAGCCUGUGCUCGCAGUCCGGGUCCUACAUGAAAUGAAGAAGGCUGGCAUCAUACCCAACGCUGUCACCUACGGUUACUACAACAAGGCUGUCCUGGAGAGUAAAUGGCCGUCCAGUAACCAGGGGGGUAGGCUGCGAUGGGCCAAACUUCGAAAUGUCAUCCUGGCGCUUGCUCAGUUCCGGCGACCCCUCAGAGAGCGCCAGCUACUCCAGGCCGGGCCCCAGAGCCUGCUGGAACAAUCCCAGGAGAAGGCUUUGCGGCCUGCACCGAGAGCCUCGCUCCAGCGGCACACCACCUGGGCCGGCCGGAGCGCCAGCAUCGAGAGCUGGGACAGUUUGGGCUCUCCCCUGGUCAAGAGCAGGAGUGCCAGCUGUACCCGUUCUGGGAUGGGUGCCAGGCGGAACGAGAGAGUCUCGGAAUGCCAGAGCCAGGGGGUGGCGAGCCGGGCAUCGUCUGUAGAGCGCCCGGCUCAGAGGAGCCUGCUUCGAGGCUUGCCCCGUGCUGCCAAGCCUGCCCCUUCCCCAGCCCCCGCCUGCCUGUGCCUCCAGCCAGAGCCCCAGGCCCCGGGAAGCCUCCAGCCCAGCAGGUCCUCGGAGGCGCUGGAUCCCCGACGCAGUCCGAAAGGCUCCCGGAGGUGGGGGGCGAGGGAUUCUGGGCGCGAUCGGAGACGGCGGUCCGGCUUCAGGAAGCUUGACGAGAACUGCAACAAUGUCCCGACCGUGCCCCGCGGUCUCUCGGAGAAAUUUCACAGCCUGCUGACCUCCGCAUCGAACAGGCGUCCGGUCUCCCAGCCCAGCCUUGGCUCGGAGCAUGGGGGCUCGACCGCUUCAGACCUUACAGCUUCGUCUGAGAACCUAGGUCAGCAACCGCCGAGGGACAGUGACGAGGAGGACUGGACGUCAGCUACUGACCGUGAGUCAGUGGACUUUGACUCUUCUGCUUCUGACCUCCGAGACACGUCUGAUUCCCGAUCACGAGCGUCCUCAGCAAGUCUGCAAACAGCCACCGUUCAGGUUGUCCUCUCGAGCUGUUCUCUCUGUACGAGCUGUGCCUCACUAGUGUAUGAUGAGGAUAUCAUGGCGGGAUGGACUGCAGAUGACUCGAACCUCAACACCACCUGUCCAUUCUGUGCCCGCUCCUUCCUACCACUGCUAAACAUCGAGAUCUAUGAGCCCCAACUCCAGCAACCAGGUUCUCGGGAAGGCUCCAUCAGCACUGCCAGUUUCCAGCUGACCCUGACUGAUCACCAGGCCAGCACCCAGUCUCCUGUGCUGAGUGAUCGCAGCCAGAUCCUGGGCGAAGAUGACACUGAGCCGGAUUACCCGGCCAAAUGGAGCAGCACGCUGGUGAGCCGCAGACCCGGCCCCUCUUGUCUUCACAAUCUCCCCGUUCAUUUAGCUCUUAUCUCAGGCCCUUCCCCAGGGCAGCAGUGAGUGGAGUGGGGAGGUGGGGGGCGAAAGGGUCUAUUCUCCCCCCACGCCCCGACCUCUCCUCCCACCGGGUGAGGGAGGGGCAUGGUGUCUGUUCUGCUGGGCAGCGAGGUGGGGGGAUU